ACAGAAGUCACAAGUCAAGCCAUUGAGAUGAUGCUAUGCACUUAUGUGGAUAACUGUCCACAAGCCUGGGCUUGCUGGUUGGGAUUGGUCAAUCAUGCUUAUAAUUCAAGUGCUCAUGCUUCCACUGGUUACUCUCCUUACUUCCUGCUAUAUGGGUUUCAGCCAGCUGGACCUUAA